CUGUGUUUCCAUCCAGUACCACCAGUGUGCACAUCGUCAACGUUACCGUCUCAGUGGACUCGAAGCCCAGGUCUGUCAGUACGGCGGUUAUGCAAUCAUGCCGCCGGACUAGUGAGGCUUACUUUGCGCCCGACUCGGCGCAUCCGUUUCGGUGGGUGGCUCUGAUACAUCUGCUUUAUUGAACAUCGUAGCGCCACUACGCAGCUGUAUUAACGUCCAGCUUCUCCUGGGGAAACGCUCUCCCCACGCGUUAUAAAGCUCUACGGUCGAUGGCUGGACUUCAGGCUGGUCCUCUACUUCGACGUCCCACCUUCAGCGAUCUUACUCGUCUCCAUUCCUAUUUCUCUCCAUGGCGCGCAUUCCACUGCAGUUCUCCCCGGUGCAUGCAAGGUCAGACGUGGAGGAACAACUGCGCCUCUUGCUGCACGUGCUUGCGGCCGCGAGGUUGGCAACGAUGACAAACUCGGACACGAUCUGUCAUCACAUCCGGACCAUCUACGGGAACGCCUCUGUCCCUUGGGAGGAUGGAGAGGGAGUCCGUAUACAUGUGCUUUCGGAGCGUGAAAACCCACAAGUUGUCUUCAAGUGCAGCGAGAUGAAGGAAGUUUGCCAGAAUAUGUGCUACGGGAUCACAUGCAGAGAGCUCCCUGAUACGUUGACCAAGCAUUCCGCCGGGAAGGAGCCUGAUGACGCACGCAAGAGAAACAAAUGCGGGUCGAAGAAGCCGAACCGCUGCAGCAAGGAUUUCGGAGGCACGGGAAAAGGACCCUCGGGUAUGAGUUGUGACGAAUACCCCUUCGCUACUACGCUGGAAGGGCAGCAGGAUCCGAGCAAAUCAGUUACGAUCCAAGGUGGAACACUCGGCGUGGUGAAGAAAUAUGGCGACGGCACUGCAUUCGACGUACUGUUCGAUUUCGGCGCCGGCCCGGUUCGUGCAUCCAGCGGAGGAGGGGUAGACUACUGCAAGGCUAAGUUGCACACAGAUUCUGUGUGCCAGCAGACAGAUACAUGGCAACAGAAUAGUUGAGCUUGUAUUGAAUACCUGUGUUUCAGUUCUGCGAUACGGUUCAACGAAGCCUGACGGCCAUUCGGAAUGGAGGUCUCAGAGCUGUUUCGAGUCGUAGCGCGAGGCAGUUACAUAGCAAGCUAAACGUGUCCGUGACGGAUGUUGAGCGGGAGUGGUACUCGUUGCGAUCCAUUUCGACGUCCUCUACCGGCUGAUUUUAGGGGGACAUCUGCUCAGUCUCGCCGAGCUUCCCUGAGACCCUGUGUAUGAUGUUACGUAGAGGCAACAGCACGACACAUCCCGGGCAUCGGACCGUGCCUUCCACCACAACGCGCUAGAUUGCGGGUCGGUCGAAUGGGAAUAUGCGGGAAAG